UCUAAAUCCUGAGAUUACUUUAAACGCCCAUCUCAAUUAAGUACUUGCCCUUAAUUCCCCUGCAUUUCUUUGUGUGUGAGUUUAGACAAAGCUGAAUGUUGAGUAAUCAAGAGAACUUGUUGUCUAAGAUGGCAACUGGCAAUGGACACGGCGAGGACUCACCCUAUUUUGAUGGCUGGAAGGCGUACGAUAGCAAUCCUUAUCAUUCGAAAAAGAAUCCUCAUGGGGUUAUCCAGAUGGGACUUGCAGAGAAUCAGCUUUCCUUUGAUUUGAUUGAAGAGUGGCUUUUAGACAACCAAAAAGCCUCCAUUUGCACAAAUGGAGGAGUGAGUGAAUUCAAGGACAUAGCAAUUUUUCAGGACUACCAUGGCUUGCCAGAGUUUCGAAAUGCUGUUGCAAAGUUCAUGGCCAAAGUAAGAGGAAAUAGAGUCACAUUCAAUCCUGACAACAUUGUCAUGAGCGGCGGAGCGACCGGAGCGCACGAGACUCUGGCAUUCUGUUUGGCUGAUCCAGGUGCUGCAUUUUUGGUUCCUACACCUUACUAUCCAGGAUUCGAUCGCGACUUGAGAUGGAGAACUGGAAUCCAACUCUUUCCAGUUGUUUGUGAGAGCUCUAAUGAUUUCAAGGUUACAAGGGAAGCCUUGGAAGCUGCAUAUGAAAGAGCACAAGAAGCUAACAUAAAAGUGAAGGGAUUGCUUAUAAACAAUCCAUCAAACCCAUUAGGCAUUGUGUUGGACAGGGAGACACUCAGAAGUAUUGUGACCUUCAUCAAUGAAAGGAACAUCCAUUUAGUCUGCGACGAGAUCUACGCUUCCACAGUUUUUAAUCAACCUAACUUCGUCUCCAUUUCGGAGAUUAUAGAGGAAGACAAUGUUCAAUGCAACAGAGAUCUUGUGCACAUUGUUUAUAGUCUUUCAAAGGACAUGGGUUUCCCUGGCUUCAGAGUUGGCGUAAUCUAUUCAUACAAUAAAGCAGUCGUAAGUUGUGCUCGCAAAAUGUCCAGUUUCGGACUAGUUUCCACACAAACUCAGUAUCUGAUAGCAGCAAUGCUAUCCGACCAAGAGUUUAUCGGGAGGUUUCUUGUCGAAAGCAGAAUGAGAUUAGCUAAAAGGCACAGAGACUUCACUUGGGGACUAUCUCAAGCAGGCAUUAAGUGCUUGAAGAGCAGCAAUGCAGGCCUGUUUUUAUGGAUGGAUUUACGGAAACUACUCGAAGAUCAGACAUUCGAGGCAGAAAUGGUGCUGUGGCGUAUGAUAAUCAAAAAAGUUAAGCUCAAUGUCUCCCCUGGUUCUUCUUUUCAUUGCUCUGAACCAGGUUGGUUUAGGGUAUGUUUUGCAAACAUGGAUGACAAGACAAUGCAAGAAGCUCUAUCAAGGAUUAAAGAGUUCAUGCUUCUUCAAAAUGUGGGUUCGAUGGCGCAGACGAAGAGAAUGUUUAGGCAACAAAGCCUUAUCGUCAGUUGCUCGUCUAGUAGAUUUGAUGAACUUAUGAGGUCACCAUGCCUAAGGUCCCCUCAAUCACCCCUCAUUCGUGCAACAAACUAGGCAGAAAUGGCGAUAGCAAUCCACGCUUACUAUAUAUAUGCAGCUAGGACUUACCCAAAAAAAUAAGCGCAGCUAGGAGAAUUGUUCAUAAACUCUUGUUUAUCAGGCUAAAAUUUACAUCCCUGCAAAGAAUAAACUCUUGUUCAAAUUCUCUAUGUAUUUCAUGUCUCACAGUAUAGGUUUUGCAAUUAUUUAUCCCUGGCUUCGAAGUUAUGACAGAUUAUUGAUUUAUAUGUUAAUUAGAUUCCAUGAUU